AUGCUGCUCCACCUAAACCAAGUUGACGAAGACAGUAGUCACGCUGCUCGCUUUGCCAUCCUUUUUUACAUCAUGGUUAGUUUGACGCUCUGUGGUGGUACCGUCUUUGGCUUUGCCGGUCUCAAGACCGUGCUCCUUGAUGAAAGCGUAUACGCUGAGCUCUGUAGUGACUUCAACGGCGACGGUGCCACAUAUACACCCUGUAACGCCCAAAUGCUACGUCUCGAUCUCAUGUUCACCCUCGCCUCUAGUCUCUUUUCGGCCUACUUGCUACCCGCGGGCUUGUUGCUGCGGAGUAUGGGACCCCGAGCUUGCUUCUUGCUCGGUUUUGCCCUCGUGAUCAUCGGCAGUGGAUUAUUUGUCGUGGCCAAUUCCCGAACCUUUGACGUCUACAUCGUGGCCUUUGUCUUGAUUGGUACGGGUAAUCCACUUUUGUACAUUGCGGCCUUCAACUUCAGCAAGCUUUACCCAUCCAGCUCCAAUUUACUGUUGAGUAUAUUCAUUGGCUGCUUUGGGUUUUCUGCCAUCGUAUUUUACCUCUUUGAUGAAGUGCACUUUAUAUACGGACUGACAUCGCAACAGCUUUUUCGAGCCUUUGUGUUCCUGCCCGCGUCUCUAGCCUUGAUUGGUAUGUUUGUGCUGCCCAAAGAUGUCUACCACGUCAUGAGGCAAAGGAAGCUUUCAGCCGCAUCCAACGCCGUGGCCGAAAGCGACGUAGCCGACGGUGCCAGCGAAAAGACCCCAUUGCUAGAAAGCAACGAACAGAACGGGGUGGCAUGGGAUGGCAACAGUACUGCGACGACGGCCGUCGCCGCCGGUGACACCAAUAAAGCGAAGAACACUAGCUUCAUCGGCGUCCCGUUGAAGGACGCCAGCCUAUCACGGCAACUGCGAUCUGCUCCAUUUUUUGCGCAAAUGGCUUUCUUCUCCUGGGGUAUGCUGCAUCUAAAUUUUUAUUUGGGUACCAUCUACGAUCAACUGCUAUUGUUGGAUGAUACGGGCGGAGCGCUGGCCGAUGUUAUGAUCGACGUCUUUAGUCUGUCGUAUCCCUUUGGAUGUUUAGCUUCCAUUUUGCCAGUCGGACUGUUGGUCCGGAAUUGUUCCGUAUCGACCAGUCUGUAUACCUACUGUGCGGUUAACUUGAUAUUUUCCAGCAUGGCUUUGCUACCCAAUUUAUCGGCACAGUGGAUCACGAUUCAUAUGUUCAUACUCGUUCGCGUGGCCUUUUUCACUGUUAUGAGUACCUAUUCAGCCAAUGUCUUUGGGUUUGCUAAUCUCAGUACCAUGUUUGGGGCCGCAGGGUGUGUCGCCGGAAUGGUAUCACUGGGAUCUUCCGGUCUCAACUACGUUGCUCUGACCGUUCAAGACGACUUCACCCUCGUCAACGGCUUUAUGUUGGCGGGGGCCGUCCUCAAUUUUACGUUUCCGUACACCGUCAAAGUAUUUUGGGAAAACAAACAACACUAA